AACGCAGCACUUCACACUUGAACGGCUCCCAGCUCCGCCCACCACAAUGUGACAGAUGGAGCCUUGAACGCAGCACACCACACUUGAAAAGCUCCAAGCUCCGCCCACCUCAAUGUGACAGAUGGAGGCGUAGAAAUGGUGUUCAGUCAAUGAUUAGAAGUUAACACUGAGCAGUAGUAACUCGAGCUUAAGAGCAAAGAUGCGGGUGGCAGUGGUUGGAGCUGGAGUCAUUGGUCUGUCAACAGCUCAGAGCAUCUAUGAGCAGUACCACUCCACUGUUAGCCCACUGAUCAUUGAAGUCUAUGCAGACUGCUUUACCCCUCUGACCACCAGUGAUGGAGCUGCUGGCUUCUGGCAGCCUUACCUCUAUGAUAAGGGCAACAUUCAGGAGACAAAAUGGAAUAAGGAAACGUUUGACUAUCUGCUAAAUUGGCUCAGCUCACCUGAGGCUGUAAAAAUGGGUAUAUUCCUCCAAUCAGGCUACAACCUCUGCACUGAACCUCUUCCAGAACCCUCGUUUAAGGACAUCGUCCUGGGCUUUAGACAGCUCACAGAGCGAGAGCUGCGAAUGUUUCCUGGAUACAAGUAUGGCUGGUUCAACACAGCUCUCAUGGUGGAAGGUAAAACAUACUUACCAUGGCUGACCAACUGGUUAAAAGAAAGGGGUGUUCAAUUCUAUCACAGAAAAAUAAAGUCCUUUGAAGAGCUUUCUGAUCUUGGGGCGGAUGUUAUAGUAAACUGCACAGGGGUGAGAUCUGGGGAGCUGCAGCCAGACCCAGACCUUAGACCAGGACGUGGCCAGAUAGUUAAGGUGGAUGCCCCAUGGCUGAAGCACUGGAUCAUCACCCACAGUACUAAAACUGGAGUGUACAAUUCACCAUAUAUCAUCCCAGGGAGCCGUCUUGUGACUGUAGGAGGAGUUUUCCAGCUGGGAAACUGGAGUGAGCAGAACAACUCCACCGACCAUAAGAACAUCUGGGAAAAUGCAUGUCAGCUUGAGCCGAGUCUCAAGCAUGCCAGGAUUGUAGAGGACUGGGCCGGCCUCAGACCUGUUCGCAGCAAAGUUCGACUGGAGCGUGAGACUAUUCAGUCUGGUGCUUCCCCAAUCGAGGUGAUACACAACUACGGCCAUGGUGGUUUUGGGCUUACCAUUCACAGAGGCUGUGCUGAAGAGGCAGCAAGGCUGUUUGGCCAGAUCGUGGAACAGAAGGGCAAACGUCCAAAAGCUCGGCUGUAGUGUUGAGGUCAGCAGCAGCAGCAAUCACAGUUUUUUACACCAGUACUCCUGGUGCUUUCAACAAACCUAACAUGUCUUUUUUCUUUGUCUGAGCACUACUGACACCAAUGUAACCCAAGAUGCCUUAGAUUAAUAUUAAGUUUGAAUGAUUUACCUGAGCAAUGAAAAUAUGUCAAUGAUUUAUGUCUAUGUAAAUUUAGUUUGUAGUAAAUGCAUUGAUUCUAACUGAUGAUGUAGCUUUAUUCAUUUUUAUAAAUAAUAAAAAAACAUGACUCCAUAA